UGCGGAGGACAAGAUCACUGGGUAAGGGAAUGCCCUAAGAGACAUGAUGAGGAAACUGCAUGACCAUCAACAUCUCAGGUCGAGGAGGUCAGUCCUGAAGGGAUGGGUGAGUCAAAAUCUUUGAUGCUAUGCAAUGAGGAAAUGCUUCAGCUAACUUCUGAUUCCGACUUAAAUUUUAAGGUUUUGAAUGCUAUUGAUUUUCUUGAAAAGAAAUAUACUCCACAAGGCACAUAUGCAAAAUACAGUUUAGAUGCCUACAAGCACAUGCCAGUGCACACAUUGAAUGUAGAAGGGAAAGACAUUUUGUUUUUAGUAGAUUCUGGUGCAGGAAACUCUGUGAUCAAAUUACAUGAGUUGAGUGAGAUGCCAGAAAUGAGUGGUAGAUCCCUGAAUUCAGUUGGAGCGUCUGGGAUUAUCGUGAAAGAAAAAUGUACAGCACCCUUAAGGUGUGUUGAGAAUAACCAACAGUCAUUCACAUUUUCUUUUCUGCUUUCUGAAUGCUGCCCGAUUAAUUUGAUGGGCAGGGAUUUGAUCUGCAAAUUGGGAAUAAACCUAAUUAGCACCCCAAACGGAUUAAAAGUGUGUAGAAGUCAAAUAGGUGAAUUUCAGGGCGUUAAGUGGGACCCCAGACCUCUGUUGUAUGUGUAUGAGUGGGAACUCAGCACCUCUUCUGUGAAUUCAGUGAAUCAAGCACUCUUGGAUAAGGCCUAUGAUGUUACUAACCCUACACGCACACAAUACAUGAACACACAUGAUCUGCACUGCACAGCACACACACACACAGGGCCUGAUGUAGUUUAUGAACAAGAGUGGUUUGAAAUGCAGCCAAAAGCUGAUGUGUUGUUACUGACAAAGUUGUAUUGGGAUAAUUACAGAUGUACUGCAGAAGUGAAUCUUUCUAGUAUAAAUGUGAAGCCGGGGAAGGCCCAUCCGUUCACUAUAGAGAAUUCACACCCACAUGUGUCUUUAUCAAAAGGUGAAACAGAGAAAUGGGAAGAUUUAGGGAUGUGGACAUUAAAAUGUGUGAAAGCUGAUGAUUGGAAACCCAGUUCAGAUCCCACAGUGUUGUACAGCGAGAAAACUAAAUCCUAUUGCAUGCACUUGAAUUGGAUAGCUUUUGUUGACAGAACAGUUGAGAUAAUGCCACAGGCAGACACAGAUGUACUGAAAACAAUGUGGCAGAUGACACACAUUUCUGGGGAAGAUCCCCGAUUACAAGCAGUUCCUAGAGAACUUUGGGCAACAGGGAAAUAUGAUGUAGGUCUGAUCAAAAAUUGUGCACCGGUGCAGAUAACACCUAAAUCGGAUUACAGACCUUGCAAAACUCAGUACCCCUUAAAGCCAGAGGCUAUUAGGGGUAUCACACCAGUGUUUAAUUCACUGCUUGAAUCUGGAGUGAUUGUGCCAUGUGAAACCUCCCCAGUGAGAACACCUAUUUUUCCAGUGAGGAAACCUAGGCCUCUGGGUGAACCAGAGGAGUGGCGUUUUGUCCAAGAUUUGCAAGUAGUGAAUGAUGCAGUAAUUCCAAGAGCUCCAAAUGUGCCAAACCCUCACACAAUCUUGUCUCAGAUUCCACCAGAAAGCAAGUGGUUUUCUGUGGUAGACUUAGCUAAUGCUUUUUUCAGUGUACCAGUUCAUCCAGACAGCCAGUUUUGGUUUGCGUUUUCUUUCAAUGGAAAGCCGUACACUUUUACCAGAUUGUGUCGGGGAUUUUGCGAAUCUCCAACUAUUUACAAUGAAGCUCUUAAAAACAGUCUUGAAUCUCUGACGCUGACCCCAGGGUCAGCAAUUCUUCAAUAUAUGGACGACUGCAUGAUUGCAGCGCCAUCUAAAGAGCAAUGUGAAAAAGACACUAUUGCGUUACUUUGUCAUCUAGCAGAGGAAGGUCACAAGGCGAGCUUAUCAAAGCUGCAGUUUGUAAAACAGCAAGUGAAAUUCUUGGGGCAUCUGAUAUCAGAACAAGGCAAAACUAUUGAGCAGAACAGAGUUGCAGCAAUACAAAACAUUCCAAAGCCUAACACAAAAAAACAACUGAUGUCAUUUCUAGGCAUGUGUUCUUAUUGUAGGACUUUCAUACCAAACUAUGCAGUCCUCGAAGCACCUUUGAGCGCAAUUGCUCAUGGGAAAGGCCUACAGGCCCACAGUGCACUGACUUGGACACCAGAGGCAGAAAAAGCCUUCGUAGAUUUGAAAAUGGCCUUACAAACCACCCCAACAUUAGGGAUUCCAGAUCCAAACGAAUUGUUUGUACAAACAGUUGAUGAAAAAAGUGGUUGUAUGACAUCAGUGCUAUUACAAAAUCAUGGUGGGAAAAUGAGACCAGUGGCCUACUUCUCUGCUAAAUUGGAUCCGGUAGCAGCAGGCCUGCCAAUAUGUUUAAGAGCAGUAGCAGCAGCUGAGAAAGCAGUUAAUGCUUCUAGAGAUAUUGUGGGAUACAGUGAACUAACUCUUUUGGUCCCACAUGCAGUGUCGCUUCUUCUUCUUGAACAGAAAACAGCACAUAUGUCUGCGGCACGUUGGCUGCGAUAUCACACUAUUUUGCUUGACAUGCCAAAUGUGAAAGUAAAACGCUGUACUGUGUUAAACCCUGCAACUCUUCUCCCUACAGAAGCAGAUGGAGAACCACACAAUUGUGUUGCGGUUGUAAAUGAAAUUUGCAGUCCUAGGUCUGAUUUGCAGGAAACGCCGUUGCAGAAUCCAGAUCUUGAGUUUUUUGUGGAUGGAUCAGCCUUCAGAGAUCAGAAAACAGGCCGCAACUGCGUGGGGUAUGCAGUAGUGACACAACAUGAAACGGUUAAAGCAGAAUCAUUACCAGAGCAUCUCUCUGCGCAGGCAGCCGAAUUGGUUGCUUUAACAACAGCAUGCAGGUUAGCAAGAGACAAAACUGUCACCAUUUAUACUGACAGUAGAUAUGCAUUUGGGGGGUAG